AUGCGACUAAAAGGGAAAAAUAACACAAAGUCCUUUAACAGCGUCUACAGAGUAUUUUCUCGUUUAUGUCGAUCUGUGGAUAAAGGACAACUUGAUGGUUUCAUGGCGGAUGGCAUGGCGCCGACUUUGAAAAACGGCCACAACUCCAAUAUAGGUUUUACUAGCCAGCAGUCAGUGAAGCAAUCAUCCGAAGUAUCCACUGUUGUUUACGCAGUGGGUCAUUAUCCUCCAAAGCUCUUACGCAAUCUCAAUGCACAGAGGCUGAAGAACAAAUUCAGCGAUGUGGGACUGGUGGCAGGUGAUAGAAUCAUCAGAGCACAUAGAUCAGUCCUGGCUGCCGGUAGCGCCUACUUCAAUGCCAUGUUUACCGUUGGCCUGGUCGAGGAGCAGCAGGAACUCGUGGAGAUUCACUCCAUCUCCCCUCAUAUUCUCUCCCAGCUGGUAGACUUUAUUUAUAGUGGAAAUGUGGAUAUUACUCAGGAUAAUGUACAGGAGCUAUUUGCUGCCGCUGAUAUGUUAGAAUUAGAUGAUGUAGUAACUGGUUGUAUCAACUAUCUCAAACAGCAACUACAUUAUUCUAAUGCUCUUGGGAUUUACAGAUUUGCAGAAGCGCAUAACAGACUGGAUCUUUUGGAGACUGCCCUACGCUUUAUAGAAGUCAAUUUUCCUCAAGUCUGUCAGGAGGAAGAAUUUCUGGAUCUGCCCAAGGAACAUCUUGUUCAGUUUCUUAGUAGUGAUUACAUCCACAUUGAUACUGAAUGUCAGGUCUUCCAAGCCGCAUACAAUUGGAUCGUUCACGACAUCCCCGCGCGGAGGUGCUACGUAUUCGAGAUCCUCGGCCACAUACGCUUGCGAUUGUGUUCAUUAGCAAGACUAGAGCGUAUUAUCUUAGAGUGCAAGGAUGCGAGUCUUAUCGUCGCGCUACGAUCUAUACAGAAGGAUUUAGUCUCGAAUAAAGGUUGCCUGGUGCCUCUUCAUGCCCAGCCUCGGGUCUGCGCUAGGAAAAACAUCCUGGUGAUUGGCGGAUCCAAGCGGGAACACUCCGCGGACAGCUGGGGUAGAACCGCUGAGAGUACUUACGAAACUAUCGAGAAAUACGACAUAUUCACUGGAGAAUGGAGCGAAGUGGCUCCGAUUAGCAUAGGACGCAUUCUUCCUGGAGUGGCUCUGCUGGACGGCAAAGUGUACGUUGUCGGCGGUGAGUUGGAAUCUUGCAUAAUAGCUAAUUGCGAGUGUUAUGAUCCUCGCGACAACGUGUGGACUCCGAUCGCUUGUAUGGAGGAGCCUAGAUGCGACUUCGGUCUUUGUGCCUUGGACAAUUGCUUGUACGCUUUCGGCGGAUGGGUAGGCGAAGACAUUGGCGGCGCCAUCGAGAUAUACGAUCCGAUUACCAAUAUGUGGACUCUCGAUGGUUAUCUCCCGGAGCCACGAUUCAGUAUGGGCGUCGUCGCGUACGAAGGAUUAAUCUAUAUCGUUGGUGGCUGUACUCAUAAUAGCCGACAUCGUCAGGACGUGAUGAGUUACAAUCCCGUGACCAGAGAAUGGAAUUACUUGGCGCCGAUGCUCACACCACGUUCACAAAUGGGGAUCACGAUCCUCGACGGAUAUAUGUACGUUGUCGGUGGUACGAGUAAGAAUCAGGAAGUUUUAACAUCGGUCGAAAGAUACUCAUUUGAAAAGAACAAAUGGAGCGCCGUCGCCCCCAUGAGUAUGGGCAGAUCUUAUCCGGCUGUCGCGGCGGCCGACAGCCGACUCUACGUCAUAGGUGGCGAUCAAUCGCAGGAGAUCAACUUCUAUCGCACGCAGAUCACGAUCUCGACCGUCGAGUGCUACGAUCCUCACACGAACAAAUGGCACGAGUGCGCCUCUUUACCGUCAAGCAGAGGCGAAGCGACAGCGAUCGUCGCGCCUUUUUGAUUGACGUUUCGCAUGAGUUUUGUUCGACAUGCUGAGUUUGUAUCUUCUUACUUUUUCCAUUUUUUUAACACUUCUUUUUCUCUCGAUAUCUGCAAUUCUCUGUGUUAUCCAUCUUUACAUGGAGAGCAUUGUAUCCGUUAGAUAGGUAAUGGGUCUCGUGUUCGCUAAAAGGAAUUGUAGUUUUAUUAAUUCCUAAAUACAGUAGAACUUUCUUAAAUUUGGCUUCGUUAAUUUUGGCAUCUCUUCGCAUGUACUUUUAUGAACCCUAGUUUAUUAAUUUGUAUACGCAACUGAAUUCACGUAAAUGCACAGCGAUUGGCCAGCUAUGGAGAAAACAUUCGUUAAUUUUCGUUUUUCAAAAAUUUUCCACGUCUACCGCCCUAGAGGGUCAAAAUUAACGAGAUUAUAUUGUAAUCUGUGGAUACAUACAUUUUUUAAAAAUAGUUAUUAUGUAUAUUUUUUUUAGAUUUAUAUUCUGAAGUUCAUUUUAGACGAUCUGUAAUUCAUGAUAAGAUACAAGAUAGAAAUCUAUUUAUGAUUUUAUGUGCUGCAUAUCCUAAUAUGUGUAUGUAUUCUGAUAUGGAUUUCGUACAUGUGUAUAUAUUUCACUUCUUCAAAUAUUUUUUAUGUUAUAUGAUACAUAGAAUUAUAUAAAUAGAGAUCCGUCCCGUGAAUUUCGUCACGAAUUAUAAAUCGUCUAAAGUAGUCUAAAGUAGGCUGAAAAAGAUAAUUGUUUCUCAUAGAUAUAUCACGAUCAUUUACUGGUACAUAAUAUAAGGAACCUAGAAUUCAAGAAUUUAAUAAAUCUAAAUUUUAAUGUAUCUAGGAUUUAAAAAAGAGCCAGGAUCUAAGAAAUUCAAUAUAUAAAAAUUUACUUUUAUAAUUUAAAGACUUUCGAUUUUAAAGGAUUCAAAUGUCUUUGAUUUCACAUAGCCGAGAUGUAAAUGUAAAGUCUAAAUCAUAGGUUUUCAAAAAUUUUUUUAUCCGAAUCAUGUGAUUUAAAAGGAUUUACAAUUUAAGACAGCGAGUCUAAAACAUAAUCGAAAUUUCAAGAAACUUAAAAUCUUUAGUAAAAAUUAUCCAGAUUAUGGAAAAUUAAAAAAAAAAGUGUAAUUAUUUAUUAUUUUAUUGCGUAAUACAUGCAAAUGAUUUAAAUGAAAUAAUCAUGAUUGGAAACUAUAGAAAGAUUGAAUCUAAAAUCUUUUUUUUAUUAUUUAUUAUUUUUGUAAUCAGAUGUGCAAAUGGAUUUGAAAAUAACAAAGAUGUCAAAGAUAAAGUAUAUAAAGAUAACAUACAGUAUAAUGGAAAGAUAUAUUCAAAUACUUUUAUUAAUUAAGAAAUUAAUCACAAUGUGCGUUAGGAAGGACUGAGACUCUUUAUAUAAUAUAGCCACAUACCAAAGUUAUUGUAAUUUUUAAUCGCAUUGCUAAAAGUUAACAGGCUGUUAAACUUUAUACGUGUAAGAAACUAUAAGAUAUUUAUCUUAUGAGUAUGUAAGGGUCUAAAAGUAUAAGAAUCUUCAAAAAUUCAGAAAUCGAAGGAUUUUACGAUCAUUAAAUUCGAAUACACAAAUAUCUAAAAAUCAUAAAAUCCAAUAACGGAUUAAAAAUGUAAAAUUUAAAAAUCUAACGAAUCUUUCUUGCAGACAUUAUAAACUAUUGUUUUAAAAUAUUAAAGUUGAAAGCCCAAGAGAAAAGUAAUUUAGAAGCUAUAGAUAUUUUGAUUCGAAUCUAAAUAAGGAAACGUAAGAAUAUACGAAUAAAAAUGUAUAUUUCAAUCAUUCAAAAGUUCUUAGAACUUCUAAUCCUUGUCAUUACGAAAUUUUGUAUUCAAAGAUCCAAAUUUCAGAUAAAUAUCUUACUGUAAUAAAGUAACGAUGUUUCUAAUUAGCGCGCGCAGAACUGCGCGCCCAAUGUUUUGUAAAAUUUAAGGCCACGUUUUAUAUAAAAUUAAUCUAAGAAUCGAAGAGAAUAUAUCAUCGCCGAUGGUCUUUGUAAUUAGUUGUUGAUGUAACAAUUCAAUUUGCCAUUAUUCGAAAUAUGGUAUUUGGUGCUGGACGAAUAUAUAACCGUGCGGAACAACAUUCGGUUAUUUUCAAAUUUUUGACACGGGAUAAAUAUGAAUGAGAUGAUGUUGAACAAUUAAUUCACUAUUAAUUUCUAGUUGCUUCAAUAAAUAACUUCUUAAAUUUAUCUCAAUUUUCUUUUUUCAUUGUAAGAUAAAAAAGAUGAAAUGUAGUUGCAUAUAACUCUUUUAUAUUCUUCUUUAAGUGCUUUCGCGAUUGAUAAAAGAUAGACAUUAUAAUUGGAUUAAGAAAUACUUCGAACUUUUUUUUCUUUUCAAGUAUCUUUAAUCUGUACUCUAGAUUAUUUGAUACCAAACUUCAAAACAAUCAAUACAGUUCAAAAUGAUCACAUGACCAAUUCUUAUAUCUUAAAUAUCUAUUCUCUAUCAAGAUUAUAUGAUAUGUACGAUAUAUGUAUAUAUAAAUAUAUAAAGUUAUUUUAUUAAAUUUAUUUAUAUAUUUCUAAAUUAAUUAGGAACUUUCGAGACAACAUUGAAACAACAGGCAUCUCUAGCAUGUUUAUCCUCCUUAAGUAAAAGUCAUUAAAAUGAAGCUAGAGAAGAGAUACGAGAUGAUAAAUAUACAAUAAAACAACAAUUGAUGUAUAUUUGUAACCAAUCAAUAAAAAUUGCUGAAACC